CCUGGGUGUCGGUGUCAAACACAGCUGAUCGGUGAGUCAGGGCGAGAGCAGCGGAAAAGGUCCCACUUGUUGCCGAGCAGGAGCCGCGACCGUCAAGCCGACGACCGAGAUCUGAUCCCUCUUCGCUCUCCGUCCUCGGAUCCGUCAGUAAAUCCUCCUCUGCAGCCCGAGCAGCCGCGUCGGUCCGGGAUCUCACCGCUGCUGCCUCCUUCACGGCUCUCAGUCUGGUUUGAUGUCUGCGUCAGUCCCGUAUCCAUGGCCAUGCGGACGCGUCACUCUGGUCUGCGGACUCCUCCUCCUGGCCUCCUCACCGCUCCUCACUACAGGCAGACUGAGCAACUGCACUCACCCUCUGGUGCCAGAACACGGAGGUUUCCGCUGUGAUCCGUCCCCGUGUCGAGGUUUCCCCCAGAAGAGCUCCAUCCAUUUCUUCUGUGAGCCCGGGUACCACAUCAACAGCAAGGUCCGUGUGUCCAGGUGUCGCCACGGGAGGUGGCAGCCCCCAAUACCUGCCUGCAUCCCUAUCAAAGAGGGCCCUAAAGUGAACUCUGAUGACAGAGUGAAUGACUCGAUGCCCAGCAUGGCCACAACAGCGGUGGGCGUGUCCAUCUUCCUGCUCACCACCACUGCCUGCCUGGUCGUCAAGUCCCGCCUCUACCCCUGUCAAUCACACAGCCGUCGCUCCUCAGACCAGCUGGACCUGAUGGUGGACGGACUUCCUGUCUCUCUCCCCUCCUACGAGGAGGCGGUGUACGGCAGCUGGGGGCAGCGCCUCCCCGUCUGCUCAGCACCCGGACCCACCCAGCUCCUAUUGGCUCAGGAGGCUCCCAGCUGUCACCAGUCUCUCAACAACCAGUCGGACGGCAGUCACCACCCCCUCCUGUCCAACCAAAGCCCUGACAACCCCCCGCCCCCUUACGAGGAGGUCCAGUCAUCACAUCCCAGAGACAGGAUGAGUGACGGGGACGUCCGGCAGCUACACGUUGCACUUUCAGAUGACAAGGACACUUGAUUGACAGACUGAGGGGUUCAUAUGCGACACACGGGGUGCAGGUGUUUAGCAAUGAAGGCACGAUGUUGAUUGACAGCUAAUUGCUGCGGUGCAGUGUUAACUCUGCAGAAGAUAAAAGCCAAAUGACGGCUGGAAAAAAAAAAAAAAACACGGACUGACAGCAGACUCCUGUGCUGCCUGCACUUUUCCUGGUUGGCUGCAGCUCACCAGCAUCAGGACACUCUGUCCUAUCACAUGCUAUUUUAGACAAAGCUGAUAAGCUCUGAUUGGCCAGCUGUUGGGUCACAAAGACUUGACUGAAGAGGGCUAAAGUACAUUUCUAAAUGAAAUGUUGACUGUAUAGUGUAUUGUAUGAAUGUAUGUGGCAGAAGAGGGAGUUUAUGUGCUGUCUGGUGAAAACCUUGUAUCCAGAAUGAUGUCAUCUCUUCAGGAAAAAAAAACUGCCUUGUUUUUAGUGUGAACAAUGCAUGUCAUUGUUUAUGAGAAUGUAAACCUUCAGUUUAAAUAUAAAAAUACUAAAACAACAUCGCCCAAACUGGAAUUAUGAGGUUUUCAGCAGUAAUAUAAAAGUGUAAGUGCGUGUGUGUGUGUGUGGGCGUGUGUUUUCAGUGUUGCUCUGGAGACGUCAUCUAUCCUUCCCGUCAGUGACGGGGCCGAUUGAGGCAUCCUUUGUGAAGUCAGUGGCGUGCUGUUGCAGAAACUUGUGUUUCCACAGCAACCGACUCUAUUCCGUUUCUCUCUGAGACUUUUGUACAGCAUUUCUCUUUGAGUCUGAUUGGACUGUGGGGCACAUAUUGUGGAUCUGAAACUCGUUUUGGACCAACAGCAUGUUGUGAUGUUAAUAUUAAAAAAGGCUAAUUUUGUGUACAGCAGAUAUAGAGACUUGAAAAUGCUUGGAAACCAAACUGUCUUUAAAAGUGUGUUCAUUCAGUGGUGAGUGAAGUAAAAACAACAAUAUUUUGAUCAAUUUAAAUGUACAGUAAAAAGAAUCUUAAUUUUACAUUUAUUUGCCCUGGUGGCAUCGGUGCGGACACAUAGGUGCUCUUAUCAAAAUAAUCCUCUAAAUCCCCCCCCCCCACAGCUGUGGGACCAAACCGCCCAAUUAACCUGAAACUCAUCAGUGAUCCAACACUGAUUUCCUCACUUCACCUGGCUGGUUCCCUCUCUGCCACUCUUUGACCUCUGCAGAGUGACUGACGCCUUCACGGCCCUUGAAUGUAUUUUAUGUUAACAAAUCUAACUAUUAUAUGGAUUGUAAUACUUCCAGAAAUAUUGUUUGUAUAUUGUAUUAUUGCACAGAAUUAUAUCAUGAAUAAAUGUUGAAAUGUU